AUGUAUGAUUACCAUUACAAUGUGAUGCGGCGGCACUAUAACGAUUCGAUUAGACUGUUGUACAUGGAUACAGAUUCCCUGAUCUAUCGAAUCCAUACGGAGGAUUUCUACAAGGACCUGGUGGACUACCCCGCACUCCUCGAACGUAUGGACACCUCGAAUCUUCCCGUCACCCACCCCUGCUACGUCGGUAUGCGUAAGAAAAUACCGGGAUUGUUCAAGGACGAAACGGCUGGGCGUACUAUGUACGAGUUCAUCGCACUCCGCGCGAAAUCUUACGCAUACAAAAUCGAGGGAGACGAAAAACUUGUGGCCAAGGGGAUUCGAGGGCAUGUGGUCCGAAAUCACAUGACGUUCGAGGACCACAAGCGCUGUCUGUUCGAGGACGAGGACGACGCUGGUGACGGUGACGAAAGCGAGGAGCUAGGCAUGGACGACGACGAUUUCGACGACGGUGACUUCGGCGACGACCAUGAGUGGAAGGACGUGGAGAUGAGACGGCGUGCGCGUCUGAUGGCCCGAUCGGUCGUCGACACGAUCUACGGGAAUGCCGCGGCAGCUAGCGCCGCCACCAUUGUCGGCGUGAAAUUCACCCCGACACCACUUCCCACGAAUACAUCGUACACACCGUAUAGGGAAAACGUAUCGAUCCAAUCGUUCGAGCACCGCGUCAAAACGAUUAAGACCAUGAAAAUGACCCUUAAUCGUUUCGACGACAAACGUGUUGUUGACGACGAUCGGAUCCGUACGCACGCGUACGGUCAUUACGCACUACGCGCGUGA